AUAAACAAAACAACAGCUGAUUGCUCUGAGUUUUCCUCUCUUGCGUUCCAAAGGGGAUACUUUUGGCCAUUUCUUGCGGCGAUGUCUUCGAAUCCACGCGGAAUUUGAUCGGGCCUGUCGAUUCCUGAGCGAUUCCACCCCACGUCUCCCUAUUGAGCUGCGGCUGAUCUUUAGAUCGGUAAAGGAAUUGGUCGAUUGGAGGUCCAUGGCGGAGGAGGUGAAGGCGACGGCGGUAGUAGAUGGGAGGGCGCUGGUGGAGAGGAUGGCGGAGGCGGCAGAGGAGAUCUCCGCCAUCUCGGACUACCGGAACGCGUACAGGAAGCAGUUCUGCGACCUUUCCCGGCGGAUGAAGCUGUUGGAGCCCAUGUUCCAGGAGCUCAAGGAGAGCAAGGACCCGAUCCCGGAGCAGGCGGUGCGGUCCCUUGUGCUGCUCAAACGGGCGCUCGAUUCCGCUAGGGAGCUCCUCCGGUUGGGGAACGAGGGAAGCAAGAUAUUCCUGGUUCUGGAAAGGGAGAAAACUACAAAGAGGUUCCUGGAGGUCACUGUUCAACUGGAGCAGGCGCUGAGCGAAGUUCCUUUUGAUAUGCUAAACAUAUCAGAUGAAGUUAGAGAACAGGUUGAACUUGUGCAUGCCCAAUUCAAAAGAGCCAAAGAACGGGUUGACAUGAUCGACAUGGAUCUACACAGAGAUCUUUUAUCUGCUUACAACAUGAGCACUGAUGCCAAUGUGGACCAAUCAACCCUGCGUAGACUGGCUGAAAAGUUGCAGCUGUUAACUAUAUCAGAUCUCAAACAAGAAUCACUAGCAUUGCAUGAGAUGGUAGUUGCGAGCGAUGGAGAUCCUGGAGAGAUAAUAGAGAAGAUGUCAAUGCUGCUAAAGAAGGUAAAGGAUUUCAUGCAGACUCAGAACCCUGAAAUGGGCACACCUACAAAUAAAGGCCCUCUCCCGUCCAAUGAAAGGGCCAAGCCUCCUGUUAUCCCGGAUGAUUUCCUCUGUCCUAUAUCCCUGGAGCUAAUGAAAGAUCCAGUGAUCGUGGCUACCGGACAGACUUAUGAACGGGAGUCCAUAGAGAAAUGGCUUCAGGCAGGACAUGACACAUGCCCGAAGACUCGACAAAGGCUGUCCAACAAAUCCUUGACUCCAAAUUAUGUGCUGCGCAGCCUUAUAAUGCAAUGGUCCGAGGCAAAUGGUUUUGAUCCACCCAAGCUCCCUGCUCAGACAGCCAAGUCCCGACCAACCUGCUCAUCAGGAGAACAUGCUAAGGUUCUUGAUCUUAUUAGCAAGCUGUCAUCACGGAGCAUUGAUGAUCAACGAUCAGCUGCUGCAGAGCUCCGCCUCCUUGCACGGCGCAGUGCUGAGAACCGUCUCUGCAUAGCUGAGGCUGGUGCCAUACCCCUCCUUGUGAAGUUAUUAUCUACCCUUGACGUGCACACGCAGGAGAAUGCUGUUACUGCUCUUCUAAACCUCUCCAUAUUCGAGGACAACAAGGAAAGGAUCAUCAUCUCAGGAGCUGUGCCUGGAAUAGUGCAUGUGCUGAGGAGGGGCAGCAUGGAAGCACGAGAGAAUGCUGCGGCCACACUGUUUAGCAUCUCAGUGGUGGAUGAUUAUAAGAUAAGAAUCGGUAACUUGGGUGCAAUUCCUCCACUUGUUUCUCUGCUCCGUGAGGGCAGCCCAAGAGGCAAGAAAGAUGCAGCAACAGCAUUGUUCAACCUGUGCAUAUACCAAGGCAACAAGGGAAAGGCUGUGAGGGCUGGAGUCGUCCCAAUACUGGUGGGACUGCUGAUGGAUCCAGAAGCAGGCAUGAUGGAAGAGACCCUCGCGAUACUUGCAAUUCUCUCGAGCCACUCUGAGGGCAAGGCAGCAAUUGCAGCUGCUGAGGCGCUACCUGUGCUUGUGGAGGUGAUCAAGAGUGGGUCACCCAGAAACAAGGAGAAUGCAGCUGCUACACUGUUGCACCUCUGCAGUGGGGAGCAGCAGCAGCAGCAUCUGGCAGAGGCACACGAGAAAGGACUGAUGGGCCUACUGCAGGAAAUGGCAGAGAAUGGGACCGACAGAGGCAAGCGAAAGGCAGCGCAGUUGAUCCAGCGCAUGAACAGGUUCUUGGAACAAAAGAGAGUGGCUCAAGCUCAGGCUCAGGCACUAGUGAAGCAGUCGGGCAAUCCAGCUUUGCCAGAUUUUGAUUACAGAUGAUUCAUAGUUAUAAUCGGAGUGCUGUUUAUUGAAAUGAUGGUAUCUUUGCAAUGUUUGGAGGUGGAAGAUCACCUUCUCUGACGAUCUGCAAGUUAUUGGUUUGUUACUAUGUUCAUGUGAGGGGCUUCAAGUGAGUCAGGAUCCAUAAGGGACACCUUCAAGAGUAGGAAUUAUGGAGUUGAUUCUUUGAACACUCGACCAUGGUGGCCAUCUUAUGCUAUGAUCCUCGAUUAAACGAGUAUAAUAUUUAGUAGUAAUUAGAUCUAAGACUCCUCAAAUUUCUGUAUAUUUAUCAUAACUAAGGCAUUUGAGAGUGAAAGUUGCCUGUGGCAUGGCUAUAUUCUUCUA